AAGCCAGUGCUUCGUUCCAGAUAAAAGGACCGUGCCAAACGUCCCUCGAAGAGAGUUUACACUCUGAGUUACUUCACUUGAAGUUGUACUUGCAGCAGCGGUUUGGCGUCUUUCUGAGGGGCGGUAGCAUCUUUCCGUGGUGACCAGGAGCGUCGGUACGAGUGCGCUGAGGGGUACAGUGAGUUGGCGAAGGCGGAUUAUCCUUGGUGGGACUCAGUGGUGCAGUUGCAGACAGCCUGAAUCACUGUGGCUGAACAGACCGAGCAGCUGCUUCGAUCAGUCACUGAAUCUUCACUCCCAACGUCAACAGGAUGGGCGGAGGAGAUGAGAAACCACCAUUGAUGCCAGCCGGGGCAAGCACCGAUUGCGCAAACGCCGUCGAGCUAGAAGUCCGACCCGAGUUCUCUAUGAUUGCACCGUGUGGUCCCCCGAGCGGUCGUGGGCAGGCGCGCGACUCGGUAAUGGUCAUGGCACGGGUGAAAGCCAGGAGAGAGAGCGACGGGGAUCGGCGGGCACCGGUCAAUAUCUGUGCCGUCAUAGAUCGAAGUGAGAGUAUGAAGACGAACAUAGCUCUCGUCAAGCAAUCGCUGGAGUUCAUGGUGCAACAGCUACGAGAUGAAGAUCAGCUGUCUCUGCUAGUGUUCGACCAUGAGGUUGCAACCAUCUUGCCCAUGACCUACAUGACCCUGCAAGGCAAGGAAUCCGCCGUACAGGCGUUUGGUAAGCUGAAGGAACGUGGCCAGACAAACCUUAGCGGUGGCCUUCUUGCCGGUCUGCAGCAGUUCCUCACCAUGAACCCGAAUCCGCAGGACAGGGCCAGAGUGGAGUCUGUGCUUCUCUUCACCGAUGGCAAGGCCAACCGAGGAAUAACAGACGGCAAUACGCUCACUCGAGCCACCAGGUCGGUGGUUGCGCAGAUAGGUCGCCAGGUGUCUGUCUUCACGUUUGGCUUCAGUGAAGAGCACGAGGCCAAUGUCUUGCAGUCCAUUGCCGAGGCCGGUAACGGACUCUAUUACUAUGUGGCCGACGUAGAGAGCAUACCGGACAGCUUCUGCGACUGCCUCGGCGGUCUGCUCAGCGUAACAGCACAGAACAUCACACUGGAGAUAGAAGGGCUGAAUGGGCAUCUGCUUGAUCGCCCGCUGACUACGUUUGCGGUGAACAGCUCCAAGCCAAACUGCUACACCGUACAGAUACCCGAUAUCUAUAGUGAGGAAUCCAAGGACAUUCUGGUAAAUGUAGCGCUGUGCAUCAAGGGUGAAUUUGACCUGGACAACCCCAGACCAGUCCCGACCGAGGUACUCCAAUGUCACGUCAGUUACUUCGAUGUGUUGACGUGCAAGAUCUGCAACGUUGAGGCAACGGCGUGUGUUUCUAUCCUACCACCAGCUAUAACUGCGGAAGAGCUGGGCAUGGAGCUCGAGGAGAAGCUGACGAUUGCCGACACUGACGUGGCCCUGCAGCGUAUCCGCCAGUCGACCAACAUUGCCUUGCGUGACGCGGACCGACUGGCGUCGGGUAACGACCGAGCGGGAGCCGUCGAGCAAAUUGACCGUUGUGUUCGGGUCAUCGAGACUUCUCCACUCUCACAGGACACAUUUGCGCAACAUCAGAUGAUGACCCUACUGACGGCCAAGGCCGGCAUCUCUGAUCAACGUGAGUACAAGCGCUUCGGAGCCAAGCACGUGCGCGGCCUGGUGCACGCCAACGAGCAGCAGCGCUCCAACACCAAUCCUGUCAUUCCGAGCCCCGCGCCCAUGGCCGCUGCUGCCUCUGCAUCUAGGCCUGCCUACAGUGUUCCAAUGCCGCCACCGCUUCCCAGCCAAGCAGCGGCAGCGUCAUACUUGGGUUCAUCAGCUUCGGCAGCGGCACCGUACCCGGUAUCGGUCGCACCGCCGCCAGCCUACGCAAAGCCCUACAAUCCAUACCGAAAGAAAGCCAAGGUCGAAAUGAUGGAUGAAUGGAAGAAGCACAAGGGAAAGAAAGAGGAGGAGGAGUAAGUGGCUGAUGGUUUGUGUGUUAGAGAAUCUUCUCUGCCGCAGUACCGUAGUCCGUAUCGAUUUUCCUGAAAUGGAACUUUGACGCGCGAAUGCAAACUGUCCCACAUGGAAUAACUCACUGUACUGUACUGGAGGUGAUUCCGUUGCCGGUGUGUGUGUGUGUGUGUGUGUGUGUGUGUGUGUGUGUGUGUGUGUGUGUGUGUGUGUGUGUGUGUGUGUGUGUGUGUG